AUGAAAUUCACUAUGGCAAAAGUAGUUUCUGCCGAUAUAAGUUGUGUACCGAUACUCACUAUAAAAAGAGUCUGAAAAACCCAAUCCUCAUACUAUUCAUCGAGUUCAGUGCUCAAGCAGUUCAACCGUCUUCCUCUAUCCUACUCUCAUACAGUACCCUAACUACUACAUUGUCUAAUUUUUAACUGUUUUCAGAUUGCCUUUGCCACAAAAUUGAAGCAACUUGAAGAAGAAGCUCAAAAAAUCAGAAGCCUUCACGCCAGCCAGCCACCCCUCCCUUUCUCCGGCCGAAUCAGCCCUGAAGCUACCAUGACCUCAGAAGAGAAGCAAGCUCAAGACUUGCUGUCGAUUUUCGUCGGGAACGUCGACUAUAGCGCGACAUCCGAGACGCUUCAACGACACUUCGCGGAAUGUGGCACGGUAGAGCGUGUCACAAUUCUGCACGACAAGUUUCGAGGCAAGCCCAAGGGCUUUGCCUACGUCAAGUUUGCCGACUUGGCAGGCAAAACUAAGGCCUUGAAGCUGGACGAAAGCCUGUUCCUUGGGCGUCAGAUCAAAGUGUCAAAGAAGCGGACGAACCUGCCUGGCAUCAGCACAACCAACCGAGCGCCAAAGCAUUUAGCUCAACGUCCAAGAGGAGGCUUUAAUGGUCGACCAGGAGGAAGAACAGCACAGUUUGGUCAACCACAUAGAGGACCGGUGCGUACUAUUGUCAAGUACGUGUACCCCAUGGGCCGUGGUGGCAAGGGAGGAUGUUUCAGAGGUCGUGGAAGACCUUUUUAA